UACGGAGUACACUGAUAAAUAUUACACUAAUGGAGGUAUCGUGAUUAGUGUAGUAGCGACACACCCUAAGCAUUCUGUACUUCUACAUCUUAGCUGAUUGUGGAAAUCAAUUCCCUCAUCAUAUGAAUGGUCCGGGGCCUCCAUUCCGCAUCUUCUCGUCUAACAUCCCGACUCUCCACACAGCCAACAGGCGCCAUGUCCGAAUCACGAACGAGAUCACGAACACGACCGCAACGUGCCCCAACACGCCCUAUCCCCAAUGAAGGCAACAUAUACACAUACGCAAAGCGACCACGUCUGCACCAGCAACACUUCAACUCACCGAAACGCGCCGUCAAGCGCCCGCGAUUGUCCCGGACACCCUCGAGCCUCGACCGGCAACAGACACUGACCCAACUUUUCGACCCCACUGAGGAUGUUCAAGACUCCGAGCUCGAAAGUGACGGUCUGGCAGAAAUGGGUGACGCAGAUGUGGACGCAGACACGGAGGAACCCGCAAUGCUCCCUCCGAAGUCAAAGAAGAGGAAAAGGGGGAAGUUCGACACGAAGACGGAGAGCCAGAAUACGCUGACGCAGCUGAACUUCGUUAAUUUGCUAGGGCGGCCAUUCCCGAAAGAGGAGGAUGACGAGGAUGAUAUCAUCUGGCGGGUCCCAGAGAGUCCAGAGAAAGACGAGCGUUCUCUGCCGGCUCGGGGACGCACUGAAUCACGAAAAAGAUCGAGACCAAACAGCAAGAUAUCAAAAGCAACAUCCAGUCUCUCCCCUCCUCCGACGUCGACGAAGGAGCGUACGCAGCGCCGCCGCGUUGCGCUGAGCUCGACCUCUGGAAAUUCCGCGCCUCCUCGUAGCCGCCCCCCAACGAAACCCGGCACUCCCUCCUGCAAGAAGAGAAAAGUGGCAAUUCAAUCCCCCGAGCCUGAACCCAAACCCCUCACUCCAAUUCCAUCCUCUCCCACGCAACGAGACCCAUUGCCAACUAAUAAUACCUCCGGCAACACUCAACCGUCACACGCGCGCAUCCACAAAGGAGUCGUCUACAUUCCCGACUCCGAAGACUCCGAAGAAUCACCGUUCUCUAGUCCGGAGAAGCAGAUGCGGCGGCUGGAGUCGUGGGAGCAGCAGGACAAGUUUCCGUCGUCCUCGCCAGGGGGGACAUGGGCUGGGGCGGAGGGCCAGCCGGCAGUUGAAUCCGCACAGCAGCGUCAGCGGCAGCUAGGGUUGGCGGGAAAUAGUACCAGGACCGGAGUUCUACCGUAUGGUGAUCGGCUGACGAGAAACGCGGGCGGUCGAGGGGUUGUGGCGGAUGGGAACCGGUGUCUUGGGGGUGACAGAUCUGCGUCGGACGCAGUGGCAGUGGCGGGGUUUCUUCGGUCUAGCAGAGGUGGAGGAGAGGGUAGUGAGUCGGAGACGGUGCUCGUGCCUAGGUCGCAGCAAGAUGAAGAUUUCGCGUUCCGUUAUGAAAGUCGGAGUGAGGAUAAAGCUAUGAUGGAUGAUGGGGCAGAGCUCUUGUUGGCGGAGCUGGACUAUGGGGAUCUCCGCGCGGGUGUGAAUGUGGGUGGAUUCAGGCGGAGAUGUCUGGCGGAGCUGCUCUCGGAGUGGAUGGAUGAUACGGUGAUUCCUCUUCCGCCAAUGUUAGCGUCGGAUGCCGUGAUGUGAGAUGACGCCGGUGUUUAUGGUUUAGAUAUUCAGUACCGUAGUUACUACCUGUUUCUCACGAAGCUGUCACGAUG